UUCCAGGAAACACACGCUAAACUGUCAUCGUAUGAAACCUGCUUUAUUCAGUGUUUUAUGCGAAAUCAAGGAAAAAACAGUUUUAAGUAUCCGUGGUACACAAGAAGAAGAACCUGCAGACCCUCAAUUAAUGAGACUGGAUAACAUGUUGAUUGCUGAAGGUGUUGCAGGGCCUGAGAAAGGAGGUGGCUCAUCGGCUGCAGCUAAUGCAACAGCGGCUGCAUCCAGUGGUCCAGGCCAACCCGACAGCGCGAUUGAACAUUCAGAUUACAGGGCCAAGCUUGCACAAAUACGACAGAUAUAUCAUACAGAACUUGAAAAAUAUGAACAGGCGUGUAAUGAAUUUACCAGUCAUGUAAUAAAUUUACUACGGGAGCAAAGUCGCACUCGUCCAAUUGCUCCGAAAGAAAUAGAACGGAUGGUUAGCAUAAUUCGGAAAAAAUUUGCUGCAAUUGAGAUGCAGUUGAAACAAAGCACAUGUGAAGCAGUUAUGAUAUUACGAUCCAGAUUUUUAGAUGCCAGACGGAAAAGAAGAAACUUCAGUAAACAAGCCACAGAAAUUCUUAACGAAUAUUUUUAUUCUCACUUGAGCAAUCCAUAUCCUAGUGAAGAAGCAAAAGAAGAACUUGCCAGAAAGUGUGGUAUUACAGUAUCACAGGUAUCGAACUGGUUUGGAAAUAAACGAAUUCGGUAUAAAAAGAAUAUUGGUAAAGCGCAGGAAGAAGCAAAUUUAUAUGCAGCUAAAACAGCAGCAGCUGCAGCAGCACAGCAAGCAGUAUCAGGUCACGAUGGCGGUGCAGCACAAGGGGUUUCAGGUUAUAAUAUGGUGGCAUCUUCGCAAGCACAACUAGGAGGUCAACAACAGAGCAUCUAUAUGAAUUUAAACGGUGAUAGUUACCAGGGCAAUGAGACAUCGGUUGGGGCUAAUGUCCAGUCUCAGGUUAAUGCUUUGCGACACGUGAUAUCACAGACCGGUGGCUACAACGCAGAUGCUGCCCUACAGAAUUCAGCUACUGGUGGCAUGUACGAUUCCCUGCAUAUACAACAGUAACUGCUUCCCAGGUGGCGCCCCUGUGCCUGUUCAUUUGUGACAUGACGUCUGUACAUACACAUUCAUGGUCUAUUUGUGUUAGACACACAUCAAUCACACGGUUAUGUGACAACAGGACUUCAACUCACAGCAAGGUCACUCGAUCCGAUGCCCACCACAGGUCUAUUAUGAUACUACUACUACUACUGCAGCAACUGCUCUUUGACUACAGUGGUGGUGGUCAUUUUUGUUGGAGAAGAUGAUGAUAUAAGUGGUGGUUUCAGUGGUGGUGGUGGUGGUAUUCAUGGUAGUCGUGAUGUUGGUGGGUUAUUUUUGAUGUGGUGGUGGAUGGUUAAUGAUGAUGGUGAAUGGUGACAGUGGCAUUGAUGAAGUUACCCUUCAGUUCCUUGUGUAAAUCUACAAUUAUAUUUGUAGGUUAUUGACUUAAUGAUGAACCCUUAGAUAUAACACAGAGAAAAAAAAAUAAAAUAAAAACCAACAGAAUGAAUUUGUGAACUCUGAGGUGGGUAAAAACUUCAACGUGGCACUGCUGAACAGUGAUAAGAAGUGAAAAAAAAAAAAAAGAAAUAUUUAAAAAUUGUAAAAAAUAAAAAAUAAAAUUUAA